AUGGAAAGCCCACAUCUUCCCGAUAUCGACGAGCCCUCUGCCAAUGCAAACACGUUGUUUUCAUGGCUGGAACAACAGCCUGAAGCACAGUCCCAAGAACUGGCAGAAGCUCUGUUUGUACAACUCCUGGCGAACGCGGCCAAAUCUCGCGUCUCGUCCGUUAAUGCCUGUGCCAAGCUAUGCGGAUUUGUCCAGCAUUGUGCAACACGGGCACCGGCUGCCGUCACAGAAUGGGCGUUCAGGUCCGCUACGGCGCUGCGGCUGUUCCAUUUCUACAUUGAAUGGAACGAGAAGGACCAGCACCGCUCGCUCAAGCUCGUACUUGACUUGGUGGCUCUGCUGAUCCUGCAGAACCCAGACGAAGCAGCACGGACGACUCUGCGAAAUGAAAUCCUGCAGACGCUCGUGACCAUUGUCGGCCGCAAGUCGACCCGGCCGCUCGUCAAGUCGUCGAUCGGAUCGCUGCAUUACCUGCUGGGCAAGGGCGUGUAUGAUUACGAAGAGGUGGCGAAGGUGUACGGCCGCGAGGUGGGUGAUGAUGACGACAUUCCCACGGAGCCGAGCCUUGACAUCUGGCGGCGGCUUGUUGCAGACAUGUUCGCGUGGAUGACGCUGCACUAUGUUUGCCCUGUGGCCGGCAAGUUUCUCGUGGCCGUCUUUGCGUACCUGCAGACAACAGCGACAUUUCAAGAGGACGGCGGCAGCGCACUGUUCCCCGAAUUUUCCGUCGAGAUGUGGCUGCAAUGGUUGCGCAACAGCUUGGAAGUGCACCCCACCAUUUUGGAGGAUGUCAAGCUGUACUUUUUCAUUCCAUUUUUCAAAACCGACCGUGCACGGUCACUACAGCUUCUCGAGAUUCUCAACAAAAACGAAGCGUCCACUGCAACCGAGAAGGAGAACAAUGACACGGUCGGUGCGGUCCUUCAGCUUGCCGCUCUUGAAGUCGGCAAAAAGACGGGCCUCGUCGACGACCCGGGCUUGAACUUGACGGGAAAGGCUGCAAAAGGCGGUGUCAUUGUGCUCAACGAGUCAGUCCUGGACGGUGUGCUGGCACGAGCUCCGACAGACGUGCGCUCGCUGGCACUCUCUCUGCUCGUCUCGUCUCAGUCCACGACGAAACCCUACUCCACCACAGCAUUUGGCCUGCUGCAACGGUAUCUGCCAACGUACCACGCCGAGUCGGACGCAAAGUUCCGGUACGAGCUGCUGGCACACACGCGUGACAUGGCUGUGCGGUUAAAGAGUGCCAUCGCCACGAUGCAGCGUUGGGGGCGUGGUGGUGAGGGCGACCCGAGCGGCCAAAGCAAGUCGAGCCUCAAGAAGAUGGAGGCAGUCAAGAUCGAUGAUGCCACUAUCCAGAAGACUCUCACCGAGCACGAGGCCUUCUUGACAUGGUACCUGACGUUCCUCCGUGCCGAGCUGGCUCCGACAGCAUCCUACCAACGCCACUUUACAUCACUCAAGGCUACAACAUGGCUACUGCGGCAACGGCGAGAUGUGUCGGGUGGCGUGUCGGAUGCACUAGACAUGGCACUGGUGUGGCGACUGUUUGAGGACAAUGCAUGGGUGCGUUGUGUCCUAGACUUGAUUAUGGAUCCUUUUGACGAUGUGCGCGAGGCGGCCACGUCUCUGCUUGUGCUGGCACCGCCAGAACUUGUGGCCGCCGAGAAGGGCUCUCUUCGGGACGUUCUUGCCAACUUCAGCCGGCGCGCUGAUCACCGUGCAUCCCAAACUGCACGUCAGGAUCACGCGGAUGGCGCUGCGCGCUGCCAGGGCCUGAUGUGCAGCUGGGCUUUUAACGACCUGGAGGCGCAAAAGGCCAUCUUGUCUCGAGUACUCGACGUCCUGGAGACCAAGAUUAAGCGGGCUGAGACGGACCUGGCCUCUGCUGCCAUCAGGGGACCUGUACACGGCGAGUUUGCGUCAAUCAAGUUCAUCUGGGCCGUCUUGGCCAAGGCCAAGUACUCGGAUGCUGACUUGGCGGCGCUCGUUGAGGUCCAGGCGCGGAUUGUGAAGAGCUGUGAGCGCGUGUGGCAUGUCGUGAAGCACGUCCUGUGCGACGACUCACCCGAGGGACACAUUCCCGACGACUUGGAAGACCAAGGUGUUUCCAAUCUCGACUCCAAGGACCUGCUGAGUUUUAGCUUCCGGUCCAUCAACGAGUCAAGCAACACGAUGCGGGCCAUUGUGUCACACAUCCGCUUCAGUCGUGUCAAGGGAACACUGACGCCGGGCCGGGCCGUGUUUGAACGCAUUGGUAACCUGGCCUUUGAGCAGCUGUCGACACUGCGUCACCGGGGUGCGCUGACAACGGUCGCGCAGACUUUCACCAUGUGCUGUCAGCUGGCACAAGACCCAUCCGUGACAGUGCCCGGUACAGCAGAAGACGCCACCUUAGUGGCAACAUGGUACAAGGGCACGCUGAAUUGCAUUCGAACUCAAGUCUCGACGACGCGGCGAUCCGCCGGCAUUCCCGCCCUCUUCUCGGGCAUUUUGGCCUCAUCGAGCACGUCGCAGCCGGCUUUUUUCGACGCCGCCAUCCGUACGGCAUGCAGCAUUGCCCAACAGCCGGCCAACUCUGCCGAGCGCGCGGCCGACGGCUCGCGACUGCCACAGGUGCACGCCUUCAACUGCCUCCGCGAUGUGUUCCGCAGUUCUCUUCUUAGCAAACGUGCGGAGCGAUUGCUGCCUGAGUGUCUUCAAUUAGCGGCCAACAGUUUGCGGUCGGACGUGUGGGCGAUCCGCAACAGCGGCCUGUUACUGCUGCGUAGUUUGAUUGACUGCCUGUUUGGCACAGGCGAAUCCAAGGCGUCACUUGAGUCCGGCUGGGACGGCCGGACGAUCCGCAUUUCCUAUAAUAAGUACCCGACGUUGCCCGGAGUCCUUUUGAGUCUACUUCGGACAGACAAGGCUUUGUCAGAUGAGGUAGUGUCGUCCAGCAGCGGCCAUCUGCAGAUCGAGUCGCAACAGGCGGCUGCCGAGUCUGUGUUCCCGGCCCUGGAUAUCAUCCGCCGUGCAGGGCCGCCCGAAACACACCGCGCCGAGCUGUACGAGGCGGUUGUUCAUUACCUCGGUAGCCACUUGUGGCAUGUCCGUGAGAUGGCAGCUCGUACUGUGUGCUCGUUCCUGGUAAACAACGACAAUUGGGCUGCUGGUGUCCAACAACUUCUCCUCGACAAAUCGGCCAUGACCUCUGUCAACCGCUGGCACGGCUCGCUCCUCGCAGUGCGAUUUAUUUUGGUUCGGGUAGCUGGCAUCUCUGGUGCUUCCGUCACGGACAGCCUACGGCCACUUUUGUCGGUUCUUGAUACUCUGGCAGCCGCGAACGGUCGGUUUACGACAUGUCCGGAGGUGAGGGCGGCCUAUCUCGAAGCACGCAAUACGAUUGCCAGUCUUGCUCUACAGCUCAAUGUCAGCAUUGGUGAGGCCAUCUCCAAAACGGUCGCCGCGCCCGGGGACGAUGUAGCCGUCCCGUCGGCACUUCUCAAAGCACAGACCAUCCUCCAAGUCAACUAUACUGCUGUGGAGCUUGACGACCGUCACAUGCUUGAGAACCUCGCUGCGAGCGUCGCUGUCUCAGAUCCCGACAAUGCCACACGUCUGCUCGAGACCGUGCAGGCGUCUUGGUUCAGCGCUGCCAAGCAAACCCCGGACACUGCAUCGUGGCUGGCAACGGUGUAUGUCCGUGUUGCUCUCGAGGUUGCUGCGGCGCCCGAGGUGCGAGCAGUUGCCCUCCUCAACCUAGCUGAGGUUAUGGACUACCUUUUGUUUGGCGACGGUCGUGGCAACGACAACCUACUUCCCGCCAUCGACAGCCUUGCACAUGUGUGGUCGGCUACCAGCCAAGGUGCCAUCAACCCCGCGCUGUCGUGGGCCGUGCUGCGGGCCAGCGGACCCAUUCUUGCAGCGUCAGUCCGAGCGAAAGACAGACCCAGCACCAGCCUCUUCUCCGUCUCCGCUUGGGUGGCCAUGAUCAAGGCUGCGAUUGAUCCAGCGCAGACGUUUGACACUCGCAUGGCGGCGACUGAGGCACUUCUGUCGUUUGCACUUGCCACGGCUGCUCCGUUUGCCACGGUGGCCAACGACAAUGACUUGCUGCUGUUCGUGUCUUGCGUCUACGACACUCUCAAUGACGAUGACGACGAAAUCCGCGACGUGGCGGCCGAGGCGGCGGGUGCGGUCCUGGAAACACCGCUAAUUCCGGGCGAGGCAGCACGGCGGUUGCCAUUGUGGCUGGCCAGCCGGUUUGGCGCAUCCGUUGGUGUUGUCAAACAGGCUGCAGCGCGGAUGGAGGGCCACAAUAGUACAUUCGAAGUCACAUUGUGGCCAUCUGCAGCGACUUUGUUGGAAGAGGCGCUCGAGUUUGAUGACGCCCUUUUCCUUGUCGAGGAGCACAAUCUCUACUUGGACGAGGUGCGGGAGGCGGAGCGUUGGGCUGCUGUCAUUGCCGGAAACACCGAGGGAGACGGCAUUGGCAGUCUAACUGGGUGGUUGGUCAACGGUCUUGAGGCACUUGUCUCUCACGUGAUAGGUCCCGAUGGCGACGAUGGUCCGCUAGGCUGGACGGCCGCGCCGGGCGUGUUUGCGGUGUGUUCUCGGUUGAUCUUGGGCACUCGGGCUGUCCUUGCACGUCAAACCGAGGCCACAGACACCAACCUGCAACGUCUGUCGACUCUUUUGACGGCUUUCCAAGAGGCGGGUGAGAAGGCCCAAGUUCAUGGCCUGCUCCUGGCCAUGGCCAAGGAAAAGGCGGCGAUGUGA